AUGCCAAAAAGGGGGUCAGCCGCGGUCUCGAGCGUGGCGAGCCAAGUGCCGACGGCAAACAUGUUCCCACAAAACCCGCCGAGGGAGCGCCGGAGCUCCGAAGGCCAGAGCAGGAAACAGCCCACAACAAAAGAGGGCCAACCCGUCCAUGAAGAGGAGCCGAAAAGCCGACGCGGCGCAAGCUCCAUCCCGAGACGGUCGACGGGCAGCGAAAUUGGGGAGAGGGAUCACAUGAUGCCAAUGACCGUCGAGGAGGCCGUAGGCGAAGCCCCAGAGGAAGAGGAUCGUGAUUUGUUCUCGGAGCGUCAGCUUGAUGUAGCCUUUGGAGUCGUGGCUGGGAAGACUAUGUGA